CAACCGAGGGAACCAGGGCGGGACAUCCGCCGGCGCCGGCCGCUCCCGGAAGUGACGUCGGAGUGUCAACAUGCAAGAUGGCGGCCCAUCACCGGCAGAACACAGCCGGGCGGAGGAAAGUGCAGGUUUCCUAUGUUAUUCGAGAUGAAGUGGAGAAGUACAAUCGGAAUGGAGUCAAUGCCCUGCAGCUGGACCCAGCGCUCAACAGGCUCUUUACAGCGGGGCGGGACUCCAUCAUCAGAAUAUGGAGUGUCAAUCAACACAAGCAAGACCCGUACAUAGCAUCUAUGGAGCACCACACAGAUUGGGUGAAUGACGUCGUGCUCUGCUGCAAUGGGAAAACCCUGAUAUCUGCUUCCUCUGACACGACGGUCAAAGUGUGGAACGCACACAAAGGAUUCUGCAUGUCCACACUCAGGACACAUAAGGAUUAUGUAAAGGCCUUAGCAUAUGCCAAGGAUAAAGAGCUGGUAGCGUCGGCUGGGUUGGACAGACAAAUAUUCCUUUGGGAUGUGAACACUCUAACAGCACUGACUGCCUCAAAUAACACUGUCACAACCUCUUCUUUAAGUGGGAACAAAGAUUCCAUUUAUAGCCUGGCCAUGAACCAACUGGGGACAAUCAUUGUAUCAGGGUCCACUGAGAAGGUUCUGAGAGUGUGGGACCCAAGGACCUGUGCGAAACUCAUGAAGCUGAAAGGACACACGGACAACGUGAAGGCCCUGCUGCUGAACAGGGACGGCACACAGUGUCUCUCUGGGAGUUCUGACGGGACGAUUCGCCUGUGGUCCCUGGGCCAGCAGAGGUGUAUAGCAACGUACCGAGUCCACGAUGAAGGCGUUUGGGCUCUACAAGUCAACGAUGCCUUCACACAUGUAUAUUCUGGAGGAAGGGACAGGAAGAUUUACUGCACAGACCUAAGAAACCCUGACAUUCGGGUGCUGAUUUGUGAAGAAAAAGCACCAGUUCUCAAGAUGGAGCUUGACAGAUCAGCAGACCCCCCUCCUGCAGUCUGGGUCGCGACAACAAAGUCCACAGUAAAUAAGUGGACACUGAAGGGAAUUCAUAAUUUCCGAGCCUCUGGUGAUUAUGACAACGACUGUACAAAUCCCAUAACGCCCCUCUGCACACAGCCCGACCAGGUUAUUAAAGGGGGCGCUAGUAUCAUUCAAUGCCACAUCCUCAAUGAUAAGAGACAUAUACUAACCAAAGAUACAAAUAACAAUGUGGCAUACUGGGACGUGUUGAAGGCAUGCAAAGUGGAGGAUCUGGGCAAAGUGGACUUUGAAGACGAAAUUAAGAAGAGGUUUAAAAUGGUGUACGUUCCAAAUUGGUUCUCAGUAGAUCUAAAAACAGGGAUGCUGACAAUUACCCUGGAUGAAAGUGACUGCUUUGCUGCCUGGGUUUCUGCGAAAGAUGCUGGCUUCAGCAGUCCCGACGGGUCAGACCCAAAAUUGAAUUUGGGAGGACUUCUCCUACAGGCUCUCCUUGAGUACUGGCCGCGAACGCAUGUGACUCCCAUGGACGAAGACGAGAAUGAAGUGAACCAUGUGAGUGGGGAGCAGGACAGCAGAGUCCAGAAGGGAAAUGGGUAUUUCCAAGUGCCCCCCCACACCCCGGUGAUCUUUGGCGAAGCUGGAGGUCGCACACUAUUCAGGCUGCUCUGCCGGGACUCCGGGGGCGAGACGGAGGCAAUGCUUCUCAAUGAGACAGUGCCACAAUGGGUAAUUGACAUCACUGUGGAUAAAAAUAUGCCCAAAUUCAACAAAAUUCCUUUCUACCUCCAACCUCAUGCAUCUUCAGGAGCAAAAACUUUAAAAAAAGACAGGCUCUCUGCCAGUGACAUGCUGCAGGUCCGGAAGGUGAUGGAACAUGUCUACGAGAAGAUUAUCAACCUGGACAAUGAGUCUCAAACCACCAGCUCUUCUAAUAACGAAAAGCCAGAGCAGGAAAAGGAGGAUGACAUCGCCGCCUUGGCAGAGGAGAAAAUUGAACUUCUGUGCCAGGACCAGGUUUUGGACCCAAAUAUGGACCUACGAACAGUAAAGCACUUCAUCUGGAAGAGUGGCGGGGACCUCACGCUCCAUUACCGGCAGAAGUCCACGUGAAGGAGCCUCUCCUGGGUUAUUAUCAACCUUCCUCUGUGGCCCCGAGUAGUCCUAGGAAGCCUACCAAGCCCUACGGGGAGCAGGACCUCCACCAGCCAAUUGAUGAAGUGACUAAUCGAGAUGUAAUAUAGAACCAGGCUCCAUGCAUAGACUGAGGUGUCCCCAGGGACUCAGUGCGAGGACAGAAGACCAAGGCAUCCUUCGAGGCAUACAGAGAACCUACAACAGACAGGCCGUCCGUGCAGACUGUGCUGACUCCCUUUGAAGGGCCCGCCUCUGCUCAGCACUUGUUAGAUAGAGAACAUCGGCGGGCCACAUCUGUCACUGCACUUCAGUUUCAAACCCAUGAGUUCUGCAUUUCCUAAGUACAUUCCACUCAUGCAGUACUUAUGAAGGCUUUCUCUAAAUUUGUCAUUAUCCAAAAAAAAGUUGUUUUCAUCAUCAUGUAAGAGUUUUGUUUUAAUGGGAAUCAUCACUGUUACACAAUUCAAGAGCCAGCCCAUUUCGUAAGGAAUGACCAUGUCCGGCUACUUGUGAAACACCGAGUCUCAGCUGUGCUCUGUAGAAGACCUGCCACUCCAGGGUGACGGUCAGUACUUGGACUUGGAGGCCACCACCUGUGUUGUGAAGCGCUGUCCCACAGUAACCUGGCCACACCACAGCCCAACAGCUGUGGCCACCGCCCUUCCUCCAGCACCCGGUCCUCACAGGGAGCCUCAGCGGGAAUCACAGCCUCGCCCUGGGUGAGCAUGUUACUGUCCACUUAAGACCGAAGUUUGUGCUGUUAGAGUAAAGAGAUCUCACAGUCAGUUGGUUUGAUAUUUAUAUCGGGGUCCGUGUUUGUUUCUCCAGUUUUAUGCGCAGGCUUUUGCUGUGCCUGCGUCCACAUCUCUGCUGUCUAACAAUCAAAAGCUUUCAUAGACUCACUUGGAUCUUGUACAGAAUAUUAACUUAUUGGGGAUAAACACUUCAACUUUGGCAGACAACACUUUGGAUUCUUGCCAAGGUCAUUCCCACUCAUAGAUAGUGGUCCCUGACUCUCCAGGAGACAAGCCUUGAACAAAGCCAGAAGCACACGUGCCUUCAGGGGCAGUUUAUCCCAGUCCAGUCACCUCCCUCCCGUGCGGCCUGUCCCCACAGGGGCGGGGGCUGGGGAGGGCUGGUUUUCUUUUCUACAUCUUCACAGGUUCUGCUGGGGACAGCUGACGGGUCCAGGUCCAUCCCUUACAAAAUGAGGCAUCAAUCCGCACAACUGCAGAACAGGGUCCCCUCACUGCUAGCUGUGGAGUAAGACAUGCCAUGGCUUCCACGCCCUCAGAGUGAGCAAAGGAUUAAAAUGUUCUCCCUUCCUCAGAGCAACUGGCCGCUUUUUUUUACAGUCCUUUUUAGCUAUCUGUGUCGGACACAACAGUGCACUUUUGGUGCAAAUUUUUUAGUGAUAGUUAUGAACUCAAAGAUAGGGUUGGGGAGGGGGUGCCCAGCCCUCAGAAGUGUUUGCACGAGGGGCCAAUGCACUAAGUGGGUUUCCCUAAGCCGCAGGAAGUUGGGCCCCUGUGGUGGAUCUUACCCCCAGCAUGGUUGUUCCUUUUUUUUUCCCCUCUAGUCAAAAUCAGUAAGAAGUUUCCAUAAAAUUGGACAGUCUGCAAUGCCAAAAGGGUCAGAGUCUGUAUUUCAAGUUGUAUAGAAUAAAGUUUUGGUUAAAAUA